AAAUCGUAUUAGAGAACUAUAACUUUGAGCUAAUUUUUAGAAUGAAGGAUUUUGUAGCAAUAACUUUGGCUUUGAUAUGUGCCGUGUUUUUGGUGAGUCUUUGCCAAUGUCACAACGAGCGGGAUGAUGAUUCAAAGCCUGAUCAUAAUUUGGAGGAACUUGAGUUGAUGAUGAAACAGUCUGGCGUACAGAGUCUAGAUGGAUUUUCACGUUUCCGAAGAGAUGCUCAGCAGGUUGGGGGUUCCAAUGGUCAAAAUGGCGAACAGCAGGGUCCUGGUGGUAAUGUUCAGCGAGGACCUCAAGGCCAGGGUCAGCACCAAGGUGGUGGUGGUGCUCCAGGACAGAACGGUCAAAACAGAAAUAAUUAGAGCAACUGGUUGGAAAAGAAACGAAGUAUAAAGAAAAUAAAAAUAAAUAAUAAGA